AAAAACUGGUGGAUACACUGCUAAAAUGUCCAAAUCUACUGGUCUUGAGUCACUUGACUUCUUCAAUCAAUAUCAAUCAAAAAGACUAAAAAAGACUUAAAGUUUACCACAACUAAUUUGCUUCUUUUCAUGCACAAAGAAAAGGCUCCGCCAUUGUUAAGAAAAAGCUACUAUACCAGCAUAUGUGGGUAUCACUUUCUAAGAACAAAGGCACUAGUCAAAAUUCACCCACUUUCCAGCACUGCAAAACUCAAUAUUGUUGGGUUUUUUUUUCUUCCUUUUCUUUUACUUAAUUUGUUGAGUUAAAAAAAAAAAAGAAAAAAAAAGGCAAGCUUUUGCAAACCUGCAUAAAAUCGCAAGCUACACAUUACUUACUUAGUGGUGUAACGCUACUACAACUGGGGGGCGGGGGAACACGUGAAUUCUUUUUGGAUUGGAGGAUUUGAGGAAUAUUUAGAUUUUAGAGUUGAAUUUGAACCCAUUAUGCCAAAAUUUGAUAAAAAGUUGAGAGACUCACAAAAGUGACUAGUCCAUUUCUUAAUUUUUCAAUCAUCAUUUUGUUCUCUGAUUUCUAAUAAAUGUUUCUUGGAGUUUUUCUGCAUAAAUAACCUGGUAUCGUUUCAGAUUUUUUCUGGGCACUUGUCAACUUCUGUUGGAUGGAUAUACUUGCUGCAUUUAUUGCUUCCUGAUUUGAGAGAAUUUCAAAAGGUUCUUUGUCUUUUGGUGGGGUCCUGAAUCCAGGAGAGAACUUGGGUCUUUCUUUAUUUUGCAUGUAUAUUCAUAGAAUCUGUUGUUCUUGGAGCUGAAAUGGAGCUCAGCAAUUCCUUGCAUAAACGCUCAAAGAGUGCUGCUCACUCUGACUAUCAUCAUAUCUUUGAAGAAGACAAGUUCUGCAGUUUCUUCAAUGCUUCAUAUGCUGCUGAGCAGGAUAUGGGAAAGAAGAUGAAGAAUUCUGUUGAACCAAAGAAAAGGCAUUUGACUGAUACAAUGCUUCAAAUUUCCUUGAAGGAAGAGGUUUCAUAUCAGAUGCAUUUCUUUUUUUUCCACAAGCUUGCAAAAGUUGACUAAUCCCUUUUUGUUGCUUUGCUUAUGGACAUUAUGUUAAGGCAAAGUAUUAGACUUUUGAGUUCAUUUCAUCUGAGAAAUGCACCGACGAAAUCAUGAGAUUUCGUUGAGCUGUGUGGCGACAAGGAUGGAUUUUCUGGAUUUGAAAAUUAGUUCGUGCCACAGAAGAGGUCUAAACUAAUCAAGUUUAAUCCUUUUACUUCUGGGGAGGAAUGUUAGAUGUCAUUCUGUUAGUUGAUGGUUCUAUUUUUAAAUUGUAAAUUGUAGUUGAUUUGCUCUUCUUACCAAUCAAUUGUAGUAUUUUUGUGAACUAAAGAGGUUUAAAGUAUUCAUGGUUCAAUGGUUUUGACUUCUGAGAGGAAUCAAGAUAUAUAUGAUGAUUGUUGUUAUCCUACCUAACUCAGUAAUAUUUUAAAAGCAGAAAAUGAUGUGGUGAUUGUAAUGUUGUACUUACUGAUCUUGUAUAAGCCAAUAAUCGGGCAUAUAUAUUUGGCCUGUUCUUAGUUGAUCGUGUGCCGAUUUCUAACUUUCCUGCAGAUUUUAGAGCUUCAGCAGCAACUUGGGAAUCAGUUUGCAAUGAGGCAAGCACUGGAAAAGGCAAUAUGUUCCAAACCGUUGAAGCUUGAUGCCAUAUCUGAAGAGUCAGUUUCCCAGUCAGCUAAGGAUCUGAUAGAAGAUAUUGCUGUCUUGGAGUUGGAAAUCGCCUACCUGGAAAAGUAUCUACUCUCAAUGUAUAGGAAAACUUUUGCAAAGAGGUUAAGUUCUCCACCUAUUGUCAAUGAUAAAUCAAAUUUAGAUCCAACUUCAGAGAAGCAAGCAUUUUUGGCAAAUCCUGAAGAUACCAUCAUGCAAGAAAGAACCAUAAAUGCUGGACAUCUGGCGCUGUCUAGAGAUUCAGUGGACUCUCAGCAGAAGAGAUGUGAUGAUAUAUUGGGAUCCCAGGUACUGAUCGAUUCUAGCAUCCACCGCAGCCACUCAUCGCUGUCGCAUAGGUCAGCAGUCGCCGCGAGGAAUUCUCCUUCACAGGGACCACUAGCAGUAGCAGAAGCUGUAGAAUCGUAUCAUUCACUGCCUUUAUCCAUGCUUGAGAGGGCUCAAGGUAGUGGAAAUGUUGGUUUGGCAGGGCAACUUGGUACACAUGUUCAGGAUCAUGUUUGGGAGACACCAAACAGAAUAUCUGAGGAGAUGGUCAAAUUCAUUUCCGCUAUACUUUAUCAACUUGCCGAUCCUCCCUUGGAGAAUAGUGGUUUCCUUUCUUCUCCUUUAUCCUUCUCACCAUCGAGGAGCUCGCCGCUAAAUCAGCAUUAUAGUUGGAACCAACAGUGCAGUGAUGGUUCAGUUUUCAAUUCUUGGCUGGACAGCCCACUACACGUGGAAUCGACAAAAGAAUUUAGUUUUCCGUAUCCAAGAUUAGCUGAAGUUAAAGGGAUCUGCAGAGAUCAGCAAAGUCUAAACAGAGUUGAGGACAAGAUGCAGAAAUUUAGGUCUCUUGUGUCUACACUAGAAUUUGUUGACCCGCGGAAAAUGAAGCUUGAAGAGAAGCUAGCUUUUUGGAUAAAUGUUCACAAUGCUCUAGUGAUACAUGCCUAUUUGGUUUAUGGAAUUCCGCGAGGCAACAUAAAGAGAAUAUCCCUACUUCUCAAGGCAGCGUAUAAUAUUGGUGGUCAUAACAUAAGUGUGGAAAUGAUACAAAGCUCUAUCUUGGGAUGUCGAUUACCUCGUCCAGGACAAUGGCUGCAAUCGCUUUUCUUUCCGCGAACAAAGUCCAGGGCUAGAGACACUUGGAAAGCAUAUGCAACCGGGCACCAAGAACCCCGUCUACAUUUCGGCCUUUGUUCAGGAAGCUAUUCUGAUCCUGUGCUUCGUCUGUACACUGCGAAGAGAGUAUUUCAGGAGCUUGAAGUAGCAAAAGAAGAGUACAUUCAGACCAACUUCAGGAUACAGAAGGAUCUGAAACUAUUGCUACCCAAGAAAGUGGAUUCUUUCGUGAAAGAGUCUGAAAUGACACCAUCUGGCCUAAUGGAGUUAAUGGAGCAUUGUUUGCCCUCUUUUCUGAGGGAAAAUUUCCAGCAACAACCUCAACAACAGGGAAAGUUUUGGAAGAAAAUUGUGUGGGUUCCCAACAACUUCGCGUUCCGGUACCUGAUUGCGGAUGAAUUGGUGAAAUGAUAACACAAAGAUUUUAUGAUUUCAUAAAUUCAUCAGAAAAUGUAGAAUUGAUCAAGAUAACUCCAUCAUUGUAUCCUUGUGCUAUAUGUAUGUGAAUGUGAAUAUAUAGAGGGUGAUGCCAGAGUUUUGAGUGACAGAUGAAUCUGAAACAGAAACUGCAGAACUCAAGUACGAUCAAACGUAUGAACAAACAAAAGAGCACCAAUUCAGAGAAAAUGUAGAUAAAAAAAAGGUUCAAAAUACUACACAUAACGAGCAAUGAUUCCUUCUGGAUCCCUAGAAAAUUGGAAAAUCUAGGAUUCCUCUAAUUGUGUCUCUCUUCGGAUUCAUCAUCUGUCAUUCUUAACUCUCGCAACCUCAAUUUGUUCAGGACACAGCCAAAUC